GCAUGGGAAAAGAAAUUGAAAAUGGCGGGAAAAGAGGUGAACUAGAUUACCCUAACCCUAAAUUCAUCCCAGUUCCCAAUUCCUAUUCGAAGAACAGAAUGGCUGAGGCGGAGGAGCUGCCCCGGUCUAUCGUGCGCCGUGUUGUGAAGGAUAAACUGUCCCGAUGCUCUGAAGAAGGAGAAAUUUCUGUCAGCAAAGAUGGUCUUCUCGCAUUCUCAGAAAGCGGUAGGAUCUUCAUCCACUACCUUUCCGCCACGGCUAAUGACAUAUGUAAGGAGUCAAAGAGGCAGAUUGUCAGUGCUGAAGAUGUUUUCAAAGCUCUUGAAGAAACCGAGUUCUCUGAGUUUGUUCGCCCUCUAAAAGCUUCCCUUGAAGAGUUUAGGAAGAAGAAUGUUGAAAAGAAAGCGGCAGUGUCAAGAGGAAAAGAAGAUGAGCAGAGAAAGAAAAGAAAAUUGGAAGCUGAGUCAUCUGACAAAGGUGAGGCUUCCAUUAACGAUGAGUCACCUGAUAGAGCGGAGGGUUCUGAUAAAGGUGAGGGCGAGGAGGACGAUGAAUAAGACCAAUUAUUUAGUGGGAUGAAGGCAACUGCAUUAUGCUCUAAAGUUUGUAUGUUGAUAAUGUGCAUGACCCCUUAUCAGUUGGAUGCUACUUAAUCGGUAUUAUUAAUAUAGCUUUUUGAUUCAGUAAAAA